AUGCAAGCAAUGCAAUCCCAACUAGAUGAGCAAUUUAGUAGACAUAAGGCAGAGAUGGAGGCUCAGCAGGCACAAAUGGAGAAGCAAAUGAGUCAGAUGGAAGCUAAGUUUGAGGCUCAACAAAGACAAUUUGAGGUUUUUCUCGUUCAAAUGCGUGCAAUGGGUAUGCCUAUUCCUGAACCAGCUCGCAAAAACACAAAUCCACUUCCGGUUGAAAAGGUACCUGAUGCAUCUAGUACUCACAAUAUAAACUCCCAUCGAUCAUCAAUGAGGAGUGAGUCAAGAAGUCCGGCAGUGUGA